AUGACAUUUAUGGAGAACACAUCUGAAGUGAAUGAGUUCAUCCUUAUAGGAUUAACAGAUGACCCAUGGCUUCAAAUUCCUCUUUUCAUAAUGGUCACCCUCAUAUAUCUCAUCACCCUGGUAGGGAACUUGGGAAUAGUAACUCUGAUAUCCUGGGAUUCCUGCCUCCAUACCCCAAUGUACUUUUUCCUCAGGAACCUAUCUCUGGUGGAUUUUGGUCUUUCCUCAACUGUUAUUCCCAAGGUAAUGACUGGACUCCUCACGGGUGAUAAGGUCAUCUCCUAUAAUGGAUGUGCUACCCAGUUGUUUUUCUUUGUGGCCUUUGCUAAUAUCGAAAGUUUACUUUUAGGCUUCAUGGCCUAUGAUCGCCAUGCAGCUGUGUGUAGACCCCUACAUUAUACCACUAUCAUGACUUCAAGAAUGUGUACAUAUAUAGCCAGUGGGGCUCAUAUCUGGGCUUUUCUGACCUCCACCAUCUUCAUAGAAAACGUUUUUAGUCUUUCAUUCUGCAGGUCCAAUGUUAUCCAUCACUAUUUUUGUGAUAUUCCCCCUCUCUUAGUUCUCUCUUGCUCUGAAAUUCACAUCACUGAGUCAAUGAUCUUCAUUUUUGGGUCAUUAAAUGCAUCCUUCCCAUUUCUUGUCAUCUUUUUCUCUUACUUGUUCAUCUUCAUCACUGUCCUGAAGAUUCGUUCUGCUGAUGGGCGCCAGAAAGCUUUCUCCACCUGUGCUUCCCAUCUCACAGCAGUGUUCCUAUUUUAUGGGACAUCCAUCUUUAUGUACUUUUUUCCCAGCUCAAGCCAUUCAAUGGACUCAGACAAAAUGGUGUCAGUAUUCUACACCAUGAUUAUCCCUAUGUUGAAUCCUCUCAUCUAUAGUCUGAGAAACAAAGAAGUUAAGAAUGCUUUCAAAAAAGCUGUGAAGGGACAACGCCUUCAAUUAGACCAUACUUUUAAUUAG